CUACAUUUAUUUUAUUUUUUUAUUUUUUUUUUUCUAUUGGUUAUCUAUUUUAUCCCCCCUCUCUUACUUUUUGUUUAUUUAUUUUUGAAUCAUGCCUCCUAAGAAACAACAAAAGACAAAGGCAGAAAAGGCCAAAGCUGCCAAGUCAGUAGAAGACAAAACUUUUGGUAUGAAGAACAAGAACAAAUCCAGCAAAGUACAGAAAUAUAUCCAAAAUGUCAAGGCUCAAGCGAAACACAAUGAAGAAAUGAACAAGUCAACUGUUAAACGUGAUAUUGCUGAAAAGAAAGCAGCUGAAGAAAAACGAAAACAAGAACUUCAACAACUCUUCCAACCUGUGCAAAUCGUUCAAAAAGUACCUUUUGGUACAGAUCCCAAGUCUGUACUCUGUGUCAACUUCAAAAACGGAAACUGUGAAAAAGGUGCCAAGUGUAAAUUCUCUCACGAUGUUAACGUCAAUCGAAAAACAGAUAAGAAGGAUCUUUAUACUGAUUCUAGACAAGAAAAGGAAGAAGAUACGAUGGAAAAAUGGGAUCAAGAAAAAUUAGAACAAGUGGUCAAGAGUAAAGCUGGAAAACAACCUCCUACUGAUAUUGUAUGCAAGUACUUUUUGGAAGCUAUUGAAAGUAGUAAAUAUGGUUGGUUCUGGGAAUGUCCUAAUGGUGGCUCAACCUGCAAAUACAGACAUGCUCUUCCACCAGGAUUUGUCUUGAAAUCGAAACAAAGCAAGACUGAAGAAAAAUCUGAAAUCUCUCUGGAAGAAUUUUUGGAAUCUGAACGCCACAAACUUGGAAGCAAUCUUACACCUGUUACUUUGGAAUCCUUUAAUGAAUGGAAAAAGAAUCGACUGGUUCAAAAGGAUGUGGAGGAAGCAGCUGUGCGUAAAGCAAAGGAAACUCGAUGGAAGGCUGGUCGAUCUCAAGGCAUGUCUGGUCGUGAUCUAUUUGAUUUCAACCCUGCAUUGGCUAAUGAUGGUGAUGAUGAAGAAGAUGCAAUUGAUCUUUCAACCUACGAUCGUGGUGAUGUUGAACGGGAACAAGAUAGACUAGAACAAGAACGAAUUGCUGCUCUGAUGAUGAAUGGUUUAACGGUACAAGAAGCUGCUUCUACAUUAGUAGAUGGAAAAUAAAAUAAACUUUUUUUUGACAAUUA